AUAGAAGCAAAAACAUGCGCUCUUACAUCAAAAAUUUCUACGAUAGAAGUUGAGGUAUUUCCACGCAGAGAAAUUUCUAUCGAUGAUGCAAAAGAAUUCUAUAAAUUUGUAGAAAACUUACGACCGAAUUAUAAAAAGGCAUUUGAAGUAUGA